UUGAACCUCAAAAGCCUUCACCUUCUCGGCAGUAUGCACAGAGGAAGUUGGUUGAGGAGAAACAAAAACUUGGUGAACCUGAAAUGCCUCAAGAGGAUCCUUCAAAGUCCCCUACUGCAAAUCAUGGCGUUCCUUGUGCUUCUCAGAACAUGGAGCCAUCAGGAUCAUAUUCAUCUCAAACACAUGCAGUUGUCUUGGAGAAUUCAUCUACUACUGCAGCUGCACUAGCAAAAUAUGAGAAGGUCAAUGAUUCUGGAGAAAAAGAGACUCGACAUUUUAUGGUGAAUGUCAUUGAACCUCAAUUCAAUCUUCACUCUGAAGAAGCCAAUGGGAGAUUUCUUCUCGUUGUUGUUAGUGGUCGUGUUUUAGCUCAGUCAUUUCAUUCAGUUCUUCACGUUGUUUCUGAGUUGAUUGAGCAAGCUCUUGGUACCGGGAAUGUUCAUAUUCCUGAAGGUGGGCAUGACAUGACAUUGAAGCGCAUGGAGUUUGUUAUGAUGCUAGAGCAUGUGCAGGCUCAUGUUGCACCAACUGAUGUGGAUCCUGGGGCUGGAUUACAAUGGCUUCCAAAAAUUCGUAAAAGUUCUCCAAAGCUCAAACGUACUGGUGCUCUACUUGAAAGAGUGUUUAUGCCUUGUGAUAUGUACUUCCGAUACAUAAGGCAUAAAGGUGGAACCUCAGACUUGAAGGUGAAGCCAUUAAAAGAACUGACCUUUCAGUCUUGCAACAUAACAGCUACAAUGACAUCUCGUCAGUUUCAGGUUAUGCUGGAUGUAUUGACCAAUCUUCUCUUUGCUCGGCUUCUGAAGCCUCGAAAAAGUAGUCUCUCUUGUCCUGGCGAAGAUGAUGAAGAUGUUGGAGAGGAGGCUGAUGAAGUGUUCCUGAUGGUGUUGAAGAGGUGGAACUUGCCAAAAUCACCCUUGAAACGAAAGAAAGGGAGCAGAAGUUGCUACUCAAUGACAUUAAGAAGCUGUCUCUUCAUUGUUGUACUUCAGGAGACCAUCUGGAGAAGGAAGGUGAAUUGUGGAUGGUAAAUGGUGACAGAUAUAUUGGUGCAAGGACUAAAGAGAGAACUUAUUAAUGCAAAAAAAUUAAGGAAGGUUGCAUCUGUAUCCUUACGGGCUGCUUUGCAUAAAGCAGCUCAGCUACGGCUAAUGGAGAAAGAAAAGAACAAAAGUCCAUCCUAUGCAAUGCAUAUUUCUUUGCAAAUUAACAAAGUUGUAUGGAGCAUGCUUGUGGAUGGUAAAUCGUUUACUGAGGCCGAGAUAAAUGACAUGAAAGGUCAUGCUUCGUGUAGAUGCAAAGCAGGGAGCUCCAAAAGAAGGAAACUCUUCUCUGGAUCUUUUUCAGGUA